CACUGAGCAGGGCCGCCCGCGCUGCGGCGAUUUUACCGCAUCGGCGCGGCGCUGAAACCAUGAAAUUUGCCCCACUUCCACCUUCAAAAUUCCCAAGAAACAAUCAAGACAAUCAUCAACUUGGAAAACAACCGCGCUCCGUCCUGUCACGACUGAGCAACCCUAGUCGCCCACCCAUAGUACAGAUACGCCAUCGCGUGAGAGCUAGCAAUCAUGUCGACCACGGUGGACAAGAUCAAAGAGGUCGAGGCCGAAAUGGCCCGAACUCAAAAGAACAAGGCGACAUCCUACCAUCUCGGACAGCUGAAGGCCAAGCUCGCCAAGCUCAAGCGUGAGCUGCUCACACCCUCGGGCGGCGGCGGCGGUGGUGGUGCUGGUUUCGACGUCGCCAGAACCGGUGUGGCCUCGAUCGGUUUCAUCGGCUUCCCCUCGGUCGGAAAGAGUACGCUGAUGAGCAGGCUGACGGGCCAGCACUCUGAGGCGGCCGCGUACGAGUUCACCACGCUUACGAGUGUGCCGGGUCAGGUUACCUAUAACGGUGCCCCCCUACAAAUCAUCGAUUUGCCCGGUAUCAUCGAGGGCGCCAAGGACGGCCGUGGUCGUGGUCGUCAGGUCAUCGCCGUAGCCAAGACGUGCCAUCUCAUCUUCAUCGUACUCGACGUCAACAAGCCGCUGACGGACAAGCGCGUCAUCGAGGCCGAGCUGGAAGGCUUCGGCAUCCGCAUCAACAAGGAGCCGCCCAACAUCACGUUCAAGAAGAAGGACAAGGGCGGCCUGAACAUCACCAGCACUGUGCCCCUCACGCACAUCGACAACGACGAGAUCCGCGCCGUCAUGAGCGAGUACAAGAUCUCGUCGGCCGACAUCGCCAUCCGCUGCGACGCCACCAUCGACGAUUUGAUCGACGUGCUCGAGGCCAAGUCGCGCUCCUACAUCCCCGUCAUUUACGUGCUCAACAAGAUCGACGCCAUCAGUAUUGAGGAGCUCGAUCUGCUGUACCGUAUUCCCAACUCGGUGCCUAUCAGCUCUGAGCACGGCUGGAACAUUGACGAGUUGAUGGAGGCCAUGUGGGAGAAGCUCAAGCUCGUGCGCGUGUACACAAAGCCGAAGGGCAAGAUGCCGGAUUAUUCGGCUCCCGUUGUGUUGAGGAGCAAUAGGUGCACGGUUGAGGAUUUCUGUAACACUAUUCACAAGACUAUCGUGGAUCAGUUCAAGGUUGCCAUUGUGUACGGAAAGUCUGUCAAGCAUCAGCCUCAGCGUGUUGGUCUUAGCCACGAGUUGGCUGAUGAAGAUAUCGUCACCAUUGUCAAGCGAUAAAGGGUUUUCGUGAUGAGUAUUCUUGACGAUGUGUUGUGGGUGUAUAUGAGACGAGACGAGACACUCACACCACGGACGGUGGCCCGGUUCACGUACACUAAUGCUUGGUCGACGCGACACAUUUUCGAGCCGAACGCAGACUGUAUGUGGGCUCGAUCGCUUGCUUUGACCACGGACGGUAUAGUAAACCAUGGGUUUGAUCAUGAGAGAGGAAGCCUACUCGGUCUUUGCGUGCCGAACGGGAAGCCAAAUUGCUUCUUCCCAUCACUGCACGGCAGUUCAUCGACAGAGAGACUGGACCGCGUGAAGAGACCUGGGGCCGAUGAAGUGUCAAAAUGAGGGCGGAAGGUUCCAAAACAAGGGAAGGGGGAUCAAAAAGGCUUCUAUAUAGGAUAGGAUCAGAUCAGAUCUAAAGAGCCAAGAUCAUGACGAUAAUGAAAUCACAUAUAUACCAA